GAGACGGUAGCUGAACUGAUGUGUGUAGAUGAGAUAGCCCAGAGAUAAGAUGUAAAGGGAGAAGAAACAGGGACCCAAGACAGAGCUCUGUGGAAACCCCACAGGAUCCUUUGAAGGACAUCCUGAAAGAGCAAUUCGAGAGGCAGGAGGGGACAGAGUCUCUGGAAAUCUUAUCCUCCCUUGGCUUCAGAAGAGCAGGGCUGAUGGCGUGAAAGGCGAGGACGACGAGGAUGGAGCACUGGGUCUGAGCUGGGCUAGUAAGGGCUCAUUAGAGACUUUGCAUGGGGUCAAGGAAUGUCCUUCCUGACUUCUGCAGGCGAGCGGUCACAGCCCUGAAUGUGCUAACUGACCCCUCCUGCACUGUAAUUUCCUUCUUUCGGAUUGCCCAAGACACAUGACAGCCUCCCCCGUGCCUGGUGGCUCCAGCCUUGUGACCCACGACAGUUGCCCUUGUGAAAUCCAGCCCAGAAGGCAGUGUCCCCAUCCCCCACCCCAGCAAGGAGGCCUGGGGCAGGGAGGCGAUGCCCAGGAGUGAAUUCAGCACUGUGCAAUUCAUGGCACAGCGACUGCGUCCGCAGUGGAACCAGAGAGAUGGGGGAGGCGCUCAGCGGGCAUGUACUACACCCCCUUUGCAGCUGCGAGAGCGCUGCGCUGCAUGAGCGGCUGGGCCAGAAACCCCUGUCCUGCUGCUUACGCCAGGUGUGCUGAGGAGAGAAGAACCCGGAGAGAGGCAGCCGGGAGAGAAGGGGCCGCGAACUAGUGAGAGAAGCAGUUUGCUGGUUCGUUCUCCUGCUGUGUAACUCAACACUGGGCCUACGAGGUUCUGGAAAAAUGAAGCCCUCUGUAACCCCCAAUAAGCUGAACGCUCUAGAGAGCCAGGAAGAGCUCCUGCUGCCUGGGCAGCCGAACCGGCUUUCCCAGAAGUAUCACCGCCGUACCCUGCUGGCUGUGAUCCUGGUGGGCAUGCUCUUGGCCGGGAUUCUCACUCAUCUCUUAGUUUUUCCGUUCGGUUCCCCUUUGGGAAGAGGGAAAGUGGGGCAGGAUCCAGACAACACGUGUAGUGACCCUUGCAGGAUUGUGCUGGUGGAAAGCAUUCCCGAGGGAAUGGUGUAUGAAGACAACAGCACAGUGAACCCGUCCACUUUUCAGGCCUGGAGGAGCCUGCUCGGAGGUGCUAAGAACAGCUUGGACAUCGCAUCUUUCUACUGGACCCUGACAAACGACGACACACACACUCAGGAAGCCACAGCUGACCAAGGUGAAGAAAUCCUGGCAGAACUGCUGCAGUUACCCCAGCGAGGUGUCUCGGUGAGAAUCGCAGUCAGCAGCCCAUCCUCAAAGCAGCCCCUGGAUGACCUGCAAGCGCUGGAGCAGAGCGGGGCUGCUGUCCACAAAGUCAACAUGCGCAGGCUGACUGAUGGGGUGCUGCACACCAAGUUCUGGAUCGUUGACAAGACCCACAUCUAUCUUGGCAGCGCUAACAUGGACUGGCGCUCCCUCACCCAGGUGAAGGAGCUGGGGGCGACUGUCUACAACUGCAGCUGUUUGGCCAAGGACUUAGGGAAGAUGUUUGAAGCCUAUUGGGUUCUGGGAGUGCCGGACGCCUCCAUUCCAUCGCCCUGGCCGGUCAAUUACUCCACCACGUACAACAAGGAGACGCCUCUAGAGGUGCAGCUGAACGGGACAGAUGCCGACGUGUACCUUUCUAGCUCCCCGCCAGCCUUGUGUGCCGAGGGACGGACGGAGGACCUCCAUGCACUGCUCAGCGUCAUCGAUGAUGCCAGCCAGUUUGUGCACAUCGCUGUGAUGAGCUACCUGCCAAUCAUGGAGUUCUCGCACCCAAGGAGGUAUUGGCCAACUAUUGACAAUCAUCUCAGGAAAGCAGCCUACGAAAGGCAAGUCCACAUUCGACUGCUGAUUAGCUGCUGGGAGCACUCCAAGCCAGCCAUGUUUCCUUUCCUGAAAUCUCUGGCUGCCAUGCAGGACAACAGGACGCACUACAGCGUGGAAGUGAGGCUGUUCACCAUUCCAGUCAAUGAGACACAAGCCGAGAUCCCCUACGCAAGAGUCAACCACAAUAAGUACAUGGUCACUGACAAGGUGGCCUAUAUUGGUACCUCCAACUGGUCAGGAGACUAUUUUGUCAGAACAGCAGGAUCUGCGCUUGUGGUGAACCAGAGUGACACAAAUGCCAAGGGCGAGCUCACAGUGCGGGAACAACUCCAGGCCGUGUUCGAACGGGACUGGAACUCCCAAUACAGCAGCGACAUCAGCACCUUGGGCCAGUGGGAAAACAUCUGCAGAGGUCACUAGGAGGCUACGCCACUGAGGAUUGACGGAAGGAAAUCCAGGCAUCACAGAACAACCCGGCUACAGCAUGUCAAGGAUACACGUCAGGGCGGCAUGGCUACCCCAGCACUGCAAACAUGGUGGGGUUGACAUGUCCCUUCCAGGGCCUGAAAAAUCCGGCAUCACCUGGUUUCUUGCUAGCCCCUUUGGUUUAUCUGCAAUGGCAUUAGUCAUUUUUUGGGCCCUGGUGUGUCUCUGGAUCAUAUGGACACCCCAUCUUCAAACACUAACAGCUGAGCCAAACCGGGGAGAGUUCAUCCUUUUCUCUACCACACCCCCGCUGCUGCUUUCCCUCUGUGCUGAACUGAGCAGGAACUUUCAUGUGUAGGCCACUGGAAUGGGCUUCCAUAGUGUCUGAUAUGUAAUUGUCCAGAUCCCCAUCAAAGGGUUUAUAUACAGGUGCCAGGAGAUGGGAGGUGUUAGUAAAGUCUAAUUUGUGUCUGUAUUUUCAAUCCAUUCGGAAGGAAGAUACAGCGAGUUACACAGGGGGAGCUAUAUAAAGAACAUAUACAUGGACACAGGAUGGAAUUCAUCAACGUUCAGAGGGACAAGGCAUGGCCAGGGAACCAUUGAUGUCCUACUGCAGCCCUACUUUAAAUACUUAUGCAGUAACUGAACCAAUGCCUAGGUCUUGUGCUGCCCCUCUGCCCAGGGGUGAAUUUCAUCAAUGGAUCAUUUAUUCUCCAUGAAUUGAUAUGAUCUUCUGAAAAUUCACUCCAAGGCAGGGAUCUGUAGCAGGGUCUCGCAAGGAACAAGGAAAACAUUAACUCAAUAGCUGAAAACUUGAGGAGGAGAACAGCAAAUAGGUUUGAAUAAAGUCACCAGUUAUGGAGGUGCAUUCAGGUAAAGGUUGAGUUCCAUUUUGUACUCAGAGCAGGGAUUCAGCAUCUUUAUAUUGUAAGAAAAAUAUAGUGUGCCCUCCUGAAGCAUACUGUAUUUCCUCUCUCAACGCAGAAUGACUCUGAGAAUUUCCCUGUAAAUCCAUUUGUUAAUUCACACAUUCAAAUACAUACACAACUGGUUCUUCUAAAAAAUUAGCCUGUGUCACUCUUUUCUUUGUCCCAAAUGAGCUGAACAGAAUAAUGUAGCUAUUUCAAACUUUCCAUAAGGUUAACAUUAAUGGAACUCUGGUGCCGAGGCUCUGUUGGAAGCAAUAGUUUGUAAUGAAGCAACAUGAUUCACUAUUGUGAAUGGAGAGGUUACAGAGAAGUUCAGGUAACUCUUACCUGGGCCCAGUGUGACAGAGGUAACCUCACCUUUCCUGUCCAGCUAGUUUGCAGCCAUGAGUCUAUGAGAGACUCAGUGCUAUUGGGAGGCUGGAGAAGUGCCAAGAACACCACAAGUUGGUCCAAUAAAAACUGUUCUCUCACCCA